AGUAUGCAAAUCCGAGCACCAGGAAGUAGCUGGGACCUCUCGGCCGAGCUCAGCGACAGCCAGUUCCUCUCCCACCGUGGGGGCCGCGUCGCCACUCACUGCCCGGUCGUGGCGCUUCCAGCCCAAGGUCCCGAGCUCGCGCCCCUGGCCGAGCGUCCCGCGUUCGCGGCCUGCAGCCCCUCCCCAGGCGGGCCCCGCUGCGCUUUCCUGUCGCGCCCCCUGCUUUGAACUCAAGUCACCGUGGAGCUCCGCCACUGCCGCCCCGAAACUUUCACCGCGAGCGGGAAAUAUGGGAUGUAUAAAAUCAAAAAGGAAAGACAAUCUGAAUGACGAUGGAAUAGAUUUGAAGACUCAACCAGUACGUAAUACUGACCGAACUAUUUAUGUGAGAGAUCCAACGUCCAAUAAACAGCAAAGGCCAAUUCCAGAAUCUCAGCUUUUACCAGGACAAAGGUUUCAAGCUAAAGAUCCAGAGGAGCAAGGAGACAUUGUGGUGGCCUUGUAUCCAUAUGAUGGCAUCCACCCAGAUGACUUGUCUUUCAAGAAGGGAGAGAAGAUGAAAGUCCUGGAGGAGCAUGGAGAAUGGUGGAAAGCUAAGUCCCUUUCAACCAAGAGAGAAGGCUUCAUCCCUAGCAACUACGUGGCCAAGGUCAACACCUUAGAAACAGAAGAGUGGUUUUUUAAGGAUAUAACCAGGAAAGAUGCAGAACGACAACUCCUGGCACCAGGGAACAGUCCAGGAGCUUUUCUCAUUAGAGAAAGUGAAACAUUAAAAGGAAGCUUCUCUCUGUCUGUCAGAGAUUAUGAUCCUGUGCAUGGCGAUGUUAUUAAGCACUACAAAAUUCGGAGUUUGGACAAUGGGGGCUAUUACAUCUCUCCACGAAUUACUUUUCCCUGUAUCAGUGAUAUGAUUAAGCAUUACCAAAAGCAGGCAGAUGGCUUAUGCAGAAGAUUGGAGAAGGCAUGUAUUAGUCCCAAACCGCAGAAGCCAUGGGAUAAAGAUGCCUGGGAAAUCCCCCGGGAGUCCAUUAAGCUGGUGAAAAAGCUUGGCGCCGGACAGUUUGGGGAAGUCUGGAUGGGUUACUACAACAACAGCACAAAGGUUGCUGUGAAGACCCUGAAGCCAGGCACCAUGUCUGUGCAAGCUUUCCUUGAGGAAGCCAACCUCAUGAAGACACUGCAGCAUGACAAGCUAGUGAGACUUUAUGCAGUGGUCACCAAGGAAGAGCCCAUCUACAUCAUCACUGAAUACAUGGCCAAGGGCAGUUUGCUAGACUUCCUCAAGAGUGAUGAAGGAGGCAAAGUGCUGCUCCCGAAGCUCAUUGACUUUUCUGCUCAGAUUGCAGAGGGCAUGGCCUACAUUGAGCGUAAGAACUACAUUCACCGCGACCUGCGAGCAGCUAACGUCCUGGUCUCCGAGUCACUCAUGUGCAAGAUUGCAGAUUUUGGCCUUGCUCGAGUAAUCGAAGACAAUGAGUACACGGCAAGGGAAGGUGCUAAGUUCCCUAUUAAGUGGACAGCUCCAGAAGCAAUCAAUUUUGGAUGUUUCACUAUCAAGUCUGAUGUGUGGUCCUUUGGAAUUCUCCUGUAUGAAAUUGUCACCUAUGGAAAGAUUCCCUACCCAGGGAGAACCAAUGCAGAUGUAAUGACUGCACUGUCCCAGGGCUACCGGAUGCCUCGCAUGGAGAACUGCCCAGAUGAGCUCUAUGACAUCAUGAAAAUGUGCUGGAAAGAAAAAGCAGAGGAGAGGCCAACAUUUGAUUAUCUGCAGAGCGUCCUGGAUGACUUCUACACUGCCACUGAGGGGCAGUAUCAGCAACAGCCAUAGCACGCAGGAAGAUUUGUCCAUCCAGCAGGGAUGGUUGCCUCACCAGAGGAAAAAAGUAGCCAUCUAGUUACCUCAUGUCCUGGAUCACCUACCACGUCUGGUUCCUGAGAGUAGAGGCUACGUUUCUCAGGAAGAAAAACCUGACCACAGGAAAGUAUUCUGUUCACUUAGACUGAUGUCCAUCGAAAUGCUGCCUGGAUUGCACCUCAGCUGAUCAUCUUGCUUUGUGUGACCAACAUCAAAAUGCAACCUCUUAAGCAAACAAAAUUCUCCCCAAAUAUGCUCCCACACUGGCCUAGUGUUCACAGCUAGAUGUGACUCAAAGGUUCAGAGACUAUUGCAAAAUCUACCAUAAUAGCUGAAUUUAACUCAUAGAAAGCAAAAAUAACCAGAUGCAUAGCCUGACACUUUGCAUUUUCUCUAUGCUUUGGCUUACUUUAAAAAGAAUUACUAACCCAGCCUGUUAGAUUUUAUAAGUGAGAUCAGCAGCUUCAAAUUGUCUUUCUCAGAUUGCAGUGUUUCUGUUUUAGGGGUUUUAUUUCCCACCCCUCAAAAUCUAAGACCAUUAAACCUUGUCCUUCUGGAUCAGCUGAUCAGAUUCACUGUGCAGGUGACAGGCUAAUGUGUCUGCCCCCUGCAGGAGCAUCGUUCCUAGCACUGGACUGUUGAGUCAUAGCAGGAAGUAGAGCCUGGGCUGCCCUCUCCUGCCAGGGACAGAAGAGCCUGGGAACUGCUCUGCCUUUAACUGUCUUAACAUUUUUCAUUCCACAAUUUCCUAGAUAAAGACUUUUUUUUGGACAGUGUCAUCCGGAAGAACAGUAAAAGUCUAAUCUCUGCAGAGCCUUAUAAGGCUUUUUCUAAAUCAAGCAUUUCCUUUUUGCUUCAGAUGAUUUGAACAUUAUUUUAAAAAUCAAAUAUUAACUUUAACUAUACUCUAAAAAGUAAAAAUGCCGUAUUUGAGGCUAUUUUUGUGAUUCAGCAGUCUUUUCUAAAUUGUAUGAGAUUUGUGUGAGACUAUUUAUACCCAAGAUAUAAAGAAAAUAAAGUCAGGUGGCUCCUGUGAGCUGCUGUGGUGAGAGUUGAGAGGUUUUGUUGGCUGGGUUUUUGUACUGUAAGGUUUGAAUGGAAACUGCUGUGUCCCAUCAUUUCACUCUUGCUGUUGUGUCUAUGCUUAAUAAUUCUAUUUUUAUUUUAUUUUAAUAUAUGUGGCCCAAUAACAUCUCAGGCUUUUUUGUCUUGUGUUUAACAUUUCCAACUAUUGACAAUGUGAAAAAAAGUACCAAUUGGUGGGAAGGGAUAAGAAGUGAUUCCCUUUAGCUCCAUGGUAUAAACUUAAGAAGUUCUACCUCUGUCCUUUGAAUGUUUUGGACUGGAGAGCUGAGGAAUUGAUGGCUUGGAUUCCUGAGCAUCCCUCAAUGGGCACCAGAUAGGAUUUGGGGGGUUUUGUGUUUUGUUUUGUUUUGUUUUGUUUGAGACAAUGUCUCACCGUGUAGUCCAGGUGGACCUUGAACUCACUAUGUAGCCCAGGCUGGCCUCAAACUCUUGGAGAUCCUCCUGCCUCAGCCUCCUGAGUGCUGGGAUUAUAGGUGUACCCCACCGUGCCCAAUAGAUAGAAUUUAUUUCUGAAAAAGGUUUUUUAGGAACCAUCAAAAUUUUCUUGUUUUAUAUUUUGUUUAGGUGUCAGUUGCCUAAGGGAAGGGAUCAAAUAGUCUACUUUCCCUCUCUUUUUUCUGUGUGAUUUUUUUAAUGUCCUUUCUGAAGUAUUCUAAAAUUCUCAAUUCACAAUUGCGAUAUUCACAAACAUAGAAUAUAAUCAUCAUACAAUGUCUGCAUAGCUAGUUAUUUAAUUCACAGUGGUACAUUUUCUACCCAUACUGUUCACAUUUUAUUUCAGAACCCAAUAUGUUACAUGGAGAGGAAGUGUAAAGAAUUCUCUAGGAAACUAAAAUUUUAUCUUCGCCCCUGCAGGAGAUCAGCUUGAAACUAUACUGAGUAGACUUUAGAUAGUAUUGAUUUGGCUUAUGAAUUCAGCUGUUGAUUAAGAUUAUGAAUCACUCUAAGGCCUAAGUGUGAAUUGCUAAUUGACCUUUCAGCUGGUGUUUGGAGAUAGACUUCCCUGUGCCAAAGAUCACAAUUGAGGUCUCAGUGAUCGAUGUGGUUGUGAUGUCUCUGUAGGAAACACUGAAGCUGAGGAAUUAUGGCUCGGUGCAGCCAUUCUCUAAGAUCAAAUGUUAGCUAAGAUAAUGCAGGUGAUUUAGCUAUGACUUGCAAGUUAAUACAGGUGCCUUGUUAACUGUGACCUAGCCCUCACAAGUAUACAUAAUUACUCCCCUUCUUCCAAGCCUGGCUCAUUAAGUGCAUUCGUUCUCCUAUUCCCUACAUCUGCCUUCACACCCCCUUUCUAUGUUAUAUAAUCAUAAAUACUGACGAAUCCAGAGCUCGUGGUCUUAGCCAGGACAGAGCUAAGAUCAGGUGAUCUUUAGCCAAGAAAGCGCUAAAGAUCAACUCCCAGCCCCCCAAGUAAUAAACAAUCAUUUGUUCUUUA